AUGGCAAUGACAAGCAGCAAAACACAAUGUUUUAAAUGCAAGAUAGAAAAAAUAACAUAUCCUUGUAAAGGAUGUUCAAAAGAAUUUUGUUUAAUUCAUUUAACAGAACAUCAACAAAUAUUAAAUGAAGAAUUAAAUCAAAUUACCAAUGACUAUAAUGAAUUUAAACCAAGCAUUAAUAAACAAAAAGAACAAUCACACAAUUAUUCAGUAAUAAAAAAAAUUAAUCAAUGGGAAAUAAAUAGAAUUGAACGAACUCGACAACAGGCACAAGAGUACCGAGAACUUGUCAUUAAAUCAUCCGCAUCAUUAACAGUUAUUAAUGAUAUUGAAAUGAAAUUUAAUGAUUUAAGUGAACAAAUAAAACAAAUUCAUAAAGAAAAUAUAUUUAAUGAAAUUAAUUUAAAUUAUUUAACAGAUCAAUUGAAGAAAAUGAUACAAGAAUUGAAUAACCCACCAAAUAUUUCUAUCGCACCAGAUUCACAAUCACAAGUUGAUGAAGUUCUACUUAUUGUAUCAAGAAGAAUUUUUAUUGACAAAAAUAAAAAUAUUUUCAUUGCUGAUCUUUGGAAUCAUCGUAUUGUUGAAUGGAAAUGUGGUGCAAAGGACGGACAAAUCAUUGCAGGUGGAAAUGGCAAAGGAAAUGGAAUGGGUCAAUUGAAUGAGCCAUCAGAUGUGAUUGUUGAUCAAAAAAAUCAUUCGAUCAUCAUUGCCGAUUCUGAGAACAAACGGGUUAUACGAUGGUUUAAUCAAAAGCAACAAAUUCUCAUUCAGAAUAUUGACUGUUAUGGCUUGACAAUGGAUAAACAUGGAUUUCUUUACGUUUCAGAUUGGAAGAAUAAUGAAGUGAGACGAUGGAAAAUGGGAGAAUAUGGCAAUGAUGGAAUUGUAGUGGCAGGUGGAAACGGAAAAGGAUAUCAACUCAACCAAUUAUAUGGCCCUACUUUUAUCGUUGUUGAUGAAAAUCAAUCUAUUUAUGUAUCAGAUACCUACAAUCAUCGUGUGAUGAAAUGGAAAAAAGAUGCAAAACAAGGAAUAGUUGUGGCUGGAGGAAAUGAUCACGGAGAAAAUCUCAGUCAAUUGUUCCAUCCUCGAGGAGUAGUUGUUGAUCAUUUAGGUCAAAUCUAUGUGGCGGAUUGUAUGAAUCAUCGAGUAGUGCGUUGGUGUGAAGGAAAAAGUGAAGGUGAAAUUGUUGUUGGUAGAAAUAAAAGAAGAAAUCAAUUAAAUCGAUCGAAAGGUCCAAUGGGUUUAUCUUUUGAUGAUGAAGGAAAUCUUUAUGUUGCUGAUUUUAAUUAUCAUCGAAUUGAAAGUUUUAAAAUAAUUUUCAUAACAGUUCAAAUCAAAUGUCAAAAAGUAUGCAAGAAAACAUCUCAAUACGGUCUAUGUUCAACGAAUAGUGCAUGUGGAUGUUUUCAUGUGUUAGGUGCUAAUUAUAAUACAGGCAUUUGUGGUUUUCGCUGGCCAGCAUGUUCUCGCCUUGUUCUAUGUAAUUCUUCAGACAACUCAUGUUCUCAACCUGAUACAACCUGUGUGAGACAUCCUCAAUGUAAUGAUCUUCCUGUUUGCUAUCCAGUUACAAUGACUAAUCAAAGUAUCUGUCCACCAAUGAAAAAUAAUAUCAAUGUUAAGUGGGAACAAAAUGCCACUACUGUGGCUGGUGAAAAUGUAUCAGGACAACAAUUAAAUCAACUCGAUCGUCCUCGUGCCAUCUUUAUUGACGAAAAGAAAAAUAUUUUCAUUGCUGAUUCUUGGAAUGAUCGUAUUAUUGAAUGGAAAUAUAAUGCAAAAGAAGGACAAAUCAUUGCAGGUGGAAAUGGCAAAGGAAAUGAAAUGGAUCAAUUGAAUGAGCCAUCAGAUGUGGUUGUUGAUCAACAAAACCAUUCGAUCAUCAUUGCUGAUUAUAAGAAUAGCCGUGUGGUUCAAUGGGUGGGUGAAAAGCAACAAAUUCUCAUUCAAAAUAUUGUUUGUUAUGGCUUGGCAAUGGAUAAACAUGGAUUUCUUUAUGUUACUAAUGAUAGAAAGAGUGAAGUGAGACGAUGGAAAAUGGGAGAAUAUAACAAUGAUGGAAUUGCAGUGGCAGGUGAAAAUGGACUAGGAAGUCAACUCAAUCAACUCGAUCAUCCUCGUUUUAUCUUUGUUGAUGAAGAUCAAUCUGUUUAUGUAGCGGAUGUAGGUAAUCAUCGUGUGAUGAAAUGGAAAAAAGAUGCAAAAGAAGGAAUAGUUGUGGCUGGAGGAAAUGAUAAAGGAGGAAAUCUUAAUCAAUUGUCUAGUCCUCAUGGAGUAAUUGUUGAUGAUUUGGGUCGAAUCUAUGUGGCAGAUUGGGGGAAUAAUCGAGUAAUGCGUUGGUCUGAAGGAAAAGAAGAAGGUGAAAUUAUUGUUGGUGGAAAUGGUGGAGAAAAUCAUCCAAAUCAAUUGAGUCAACCCCAUGGUUUAUCUUUUGAUGAUGAAGGAAAUUUAUAUGUUGCUGAUUAUUGGAAUCAUCGAAUUCAAAAAUUUGAAAUAAUUCUGUGA